GAGGAGGUCAGAGAGAUAGGUUUGGCACAAUGGAAGUGGACAACUCAGAUGAUGACAUAAUCCACACAGGUGUGACAAGGAAAAGGACAACAGUAACAACAACAACAACAACAAAAUUCAGUUCUGAUACACCUUCCAAGACGAAAGGAUGUGCCACGACAAGCAAAGUAUCUCCACAGAAGAAGCGUAAGAGACAAAGCGCUGGGGCUCAGAUGUCGGAGGAAAAUAAGGAAGUGCUGCAGCUAUGUAAAGAUUUGGAGAAAGAAACAAGGGAUCUUAUCAACAAGGUGCACAUGAAACUCGAAAAUGUUGUGUGCAAUGACCCUGAGGAGAAGGAGCUGGUCAUCACCUUGAAAGAAAAGGCUUCCAUAUUAAAAAGCAAAACCCUGCUGGACAAGAUCUACAUUGGUGUAUUUGGAAAAACAGGAGAUGGAAAGAGUUCGCUGAUAAAUGCUGUUUUGCACAAACACGGAUUACUGCCUACGUCAUCAUGCACUGCGUGUACAUCAUCCAUCAUAAAUGUGGAAACCUACAGUGGCCGCAGGUUCAAAGCAGACAUUGAGUUCAUUACUGAGGAGGAAUGGAAUAAAGAACUGAAAGAUCUGAUGGAACUGUGCGAGAAUGGGAAAGAUGAUGAUGAUUCUGAGAGUAAUGAAAUAGUUGAAAAUGCAGAAGCCAAAGUGAAAGCUGUUUAUGGAGAAAGAGGACCUGAACAAAGUUACCAGGAACUCUUAAAAUAUAACAUCUACAAAACUAUUGUACCAAAAAAUAACAAGUAUUCAUUCUCGGAGGACAAUGCACAGAAUCUAUCAUGUAAAUUAAAACGCUAUGUAUGCAGCAAGAAGUCGGGGGAGGAAAAUCACUUGUGGCCACUGGUGAAAUCUGUUACAAUCUUCAUUCCCAAGUCCAAUGUCCUCCCAGAAGGAUUGGUACUGACUGACUUUCCAGGGACAGGAGACUCCAAUAAAGCCAGAGAUGAAAUGUGGAAGGAGUAUCUUACUCGUUGCAGCUCUGUUUGGAUUAUAUCUGUUGCUCACCGAGCUGACUCUGAUAAGAUUGGAGAUCAGAUUUUUAGUAAAACUGUAAAUACCGCCUGCAUUGGAGGUAAAUGUCAGGAUGUGACUUUUGUCUGCACAAAGACAGAUCAACUUUCAACAGCCGAAUUCAUCAAAGAGCAAAACAUAAGCCCAGAAGAAAUGAAUAUAUCUCCAAACGAUAGUCCAGAAGUUCGUGAGACAAAGGAGAGACAUUUCUGUGUGCUGAAACGAAAUGAUAUUGUCAAGAAAAAUGUACUCAAGCGUUGUAAAGAGAAAUGGAAUAGAAGGAAACAUCAAAUCACAAGUGAAUGUGAGUUUUCAAGGGAUGACAUCCACGUCUUCACAGUGAGCUGUGAGGAAUAUUGGAAAGUUCAUAAUGACCACUACAAGUCAAUCUUCAUUGAUAGCGAAACAGGAAUACCAGAUUUAAAGGAUCACAUUGUCGAUGUAUAUCUGAAAAAUAGGAAGAAGGUAGUGAGUGUCUAUGUUUCAGAGGUUUGCGGAAUGCUACACCUUCUCACCUCCCUGAAGGACUCCGUGGCCAAUGAGUUUUACAAGAGUACAUUUAAGAUCAUUGAUUUGGCACUGCAGAGUCAAAUGAAAGAGUUUGCUCAUGAAAUAAAAAAUCUUGCCACCAAGCUGGAGAAUUCUCUCAGUCAGGGGUGUAAGAAAGCAGAGAAAGUGUGCAUGAAAGCCAUUGAAAAACGGGUAGAGUUGCCUAGCAAUAGUAACCAAGGCUACCACAGGACUCUGAAGGCGAUAUGUCAGAAGGAUGGAAUUCACAUAUCUCGCAAGUUUGGAGAAAUUGACGUUAACCAUGAAAUAGCAAAGCCUCUGUAUGAAGUAAUGGAAUCUAUAUUCAGAAAUAUGUUUCAGAUGAAGAGAGGUACCAGAAAUAAUAUCAAAGGAUGUCUGGAAAUUUUUCAAACUUCAAUGACUACAGUCAUCAAGGAAAAUUUAAAGAAUAGAUCCUCAACAGGAAAUGCAGAAUCUUGGGAACAUCGGGAGAAAUUCCUGAUAGCCCAGGGGAAUGGAUUCUUUAUUGACAUGGAGAAUUACAUCAUUGAAAAGAAGAAAUCUAUUUAUAGAUCGCCUGCUAAGUCUGUUCAACACUAUAUGAAACCAGCGUAUGAAGAAGCUUCUCAGAAAAAAGGUUCAAAACUCCUGAAGGAAAUGAAGCGCAUACUAACAACCCAUCUCGAAACUCACAAAUCAACAAUGUUCACAUAUGCUGUAGGCAAAACGAUGAAGGAGUUCAACGAGAUGAAGGCUCAUGUGGAGCGGAAACUGGAAACAGAGCUCCGAAAAGCUUUGAAGCUGGGAUUGGCUCAAUGGCCUGGACACACUAUUUUACCAGAUUUCACGGAGGAGCUGAAGGACAUGAUUGAGAAAUCAAAUGAAAUCGACUCCAUUAGAAUGGGAUUAGAAUGCGAUUAGAAUGGAAUUUAUGAUUUGCCUCAGGCAAGAGGCAUAAGAACAUGAGAAGCAGUUGGAGCGGAAGUUGAUUGCCAUUCCACCAUGUUGCUUUUCCAGGUUUCUUAUUUUACUGAUUAUUUUACUGCUUGGAUUUUUUUCAUAUUUUUGUAUUAACUUUAAGCUUAUUAAUCAUGAUUAUAUACAAUGCUGGCCUGCUGGACUUUGCUCUAGUAUGUGUGAAAUUGUUGUUUUAUUUUUACGAUGCUGCCACAAAUAGAAGUGCCUUUGAUGCUCACUUUUCAAAACGCACUGUAUGUGAGCUUUGUGAUACCACUGCAGUGUCACACACCCAAAGAGUCAUUUCCUUUUGUCAACUGGGUGUCUGACACAUGCGGAUGCCAAUCUGCAGGAGCAUUGCACAAUAGCAGUUGAUAUAAUGCAGGGGUCUGUGGUCGAUCCCCAUGCGGUGGCGCUCUCGCACAUGACCAAAAAGACAAGAGGAAGGAGCGAUAGACCUGCGAGGAAAUUGAGGCCAAUUGAAAACGAAGCAGAUGCACAAAGCAUUUCAUGCAUCUCAAUAUACAAAACAUAAACUUUAAUGUUUAAACUGUGGUUAAUGUCACUCCUGCCUCUUGUUUUCCUUGCGCGUGCGCAAGACACCACCCACCAGCGAUCGACCAGGUGGAGACUCCUGAUAUAAUGAUUUGAUUACAUUUUGUACUUGUUUUAAUAGAGAUUGUUGGAUCAUACUUUGUCCAUUUUCUUAUCUGGAGUUGUACCCUCUUCAAGUAAUGAGCAUGAGUUAUACAAAUGUUACAGAUCACAGAAUGCUAUGCUCUGCUGAAUGAAGGAACACACACGCUGCCUGAGGACAUAUGGCACCCAUGAAUGUAUAUUGCUAUGUAUUUCACCUGAAAUGGAAAUUAUUAAAUAUUUGUAGUACUGUG